UAUAGACAAGAAAUCUGGUCAUUGUUAUUGAAACUAGCGAAGAUAUUGCACGUUUAAGGCCGUUGUGUUUGAGCUUUAAUAAAAAUGUCAUGUUUUAGUGGUGAUCUCAACUUUUGCCCGGAAUGUGGGAAUAUUCUUCCAGUGCCUGGCAGGGAAAAUACCAUUACCUGCCCACGGUGCUCUUUCAAAAUCCCUGUUCGAGAAUUCACAGGUCAAGUUAUUAAAUCAUCAGUGGUGUUUAAUCCUCUGGAUCAGAUCUCCAGCACUGUUGACAGCGAAGAGGCUGCUGAAUUGAAGGGGCCAGUGAUUGACAGGAGAUGUUCCCGCUGUAAUAAAGAAGGGAUGGUUUAUCACACAAGACAGAUGAGAUCUGCAGAUGAAGGACAGACGGUCUUCUUCACAUGCAUACACUGCAGGUUCCAAGAAAAGGAAGAUUCGUGAGAAAAUUGCUGCUGCUGUUGGCAUUUGCAUUGAUUUUUUAUCAGAAUUUAAAU